AGUGUUUUUACUCAGUGAAGAAACAGGAAGAAGUUUUUUGUUGUUGUUUUUUAAAAUUUCCUGGAUUGAUUGGCAAAAAUAAAAGAAAUACUGUAGCUGUUCCAAACCAUGACGCAUUGGUUUCACAGAAAUCCUUUGAAGGCCACUGCGCCUGUCUCCUUCAGCCUCUAUGGAGUAGCUGCAAGUACUGGAGCUAAUAAGAUAUGCAAUGACCUGAAGGCAACACGAGCACGGCUGUUAGAACUGUUAACAGAUGUCACUGCUAAUGCUGAAAUGCUGAAAAAUGCUACAGAUGCAUACUUCUCACUUCUACAAGGCUUCAUAAUUUCUCUGGAUGGUACAACCCAAGAAAACAAGCUGCGCUUCAUUCAGAAUUUUAAAUGGACUGACACCUUGCAAGGAAACACUCCAAGUGCCCAGCAGGAUGCAGUGUUUGAGCUUGUCUCAAUGGGGUUUAAUGUUGCUUUGUGGUACACAAAGUUUGGGUCCAGAAUGUCAGGCAAAGAAGAUAUAACAGAAAACGAAGCAAAAGAAGUUCACAGAAGCUUGAAAACUGCAGCUGGCAUCUUCAGACACCUUAAGGAUAGCUACAUACCACGGCUUAUCACUCCUGCAGAAAAAGGAAGAGACCUAGAAGCUCGAGUUAUAGACUCAUACAUUAUCCAGUGCCAGGCAGAAGCACAAGAAGUGACCAUUGCCCGGGCAGUUGAACUCAAACACAAUGCAAGUCUUGUAGCAGCUCUGGCCUAUGAAACAGCCAAUUUCUACCAAAAGUCUGAUCAUACACUUACUUCCCUGGAGCCUGACUACACUGCAAAAUGGAGAAAGUACCUGCAGUUGAAACAGUGUUUCUAUAUGGCAUAUGCGUACUGCUACCAUGGACAGACUCUUCUAGCAAGUGACAAAUGUGGAGAAACAAUCCGGUCUCUACAGGAAGCAGAGAAGUUCUUUGGCAAAGCAGAGGAUCUGUGUAAAGAGUAUAGGCAGACCAAGGGACCAGGAAAUAUAGCCAAGCCGUCAGAGCAGCUCUUCUUCAGGAAAUUAGGGUCUUUGAUCAGAAACACGCUGGAGAAGUGUCAAAGAGAAAAUGGGUUCAUAUAUUUCCAGAAGGUUCCUCCAGAAGCCCCACAGUUGGAAUUGAAGGCCAAUUAUGGGCUUGUGGAACCAAUUCUGUUUGAAUUUCCGGCUCUCCAUCCUCAGUGGUCACCAGAAGUAUAUGCUUCAUUUGACAUCACUAAAGGGCCAAAGGAUGACAAGGCCAAACCUAAACAAGAGGAAGAAGUAAAGCCAAUGAAGGAACCUGAUCUAAAGCCACAAAAAGACUCUGGAUGCCUUAUAUCCUAAGAAUAUAAAACUCCCAUCAUCUAUACAAAGUAUGCAACCUCAACAAGGAAAAACACUGAUGACCUACUGUUACUAAUGCAAUAUAGAAAUGUUUUCUCCUACUUUUGGUGGUUAUCUAAACGUUUUAGCCAGAUAGGGACCAGAUAUUGAAGUUCUUAAUUCCUGAAUUCCAAUCAGUUAUCAUAUUUGCAGUGUCUAUAUUCUUCUUAACUCUCCUGUCCAUUUGCAGUGCCUUUCUGCAGAGAUAAAGGUUUGAAAUAAAAUGUUCCAGUCUGUCAAAAAUGAUUGAAUGUUUUGUUUUUGUUUUUUAAUCUAUCGAAAAACAUUUUUCUGUUGUCUCACAGAAUGUUACAAGUAUAAUGAGUAAAAAUUAUAAAAAAAAAAAAAUUAUGAUUUUAUAGUCCGCAGAAAAAUGGGAAUAUGGGAACGUCCCUUUCCAUUAGAUACUUUUGUCACUAUUUGAAAUCCGUGUGGAAUGGGAGUCUAUGAGUACCUUUGCAAUGUGGAGGAAAUGUACCUCAUGUUCAACGAUCCUGGUAGAAUUAAUUGUAACUUCACUGAAUACAGUUGGUUUUUUAAUUAGUUUUUUUUUUAACCCUUUCCACACACUCAAUACAGUAUAUUAAAAGUGUUUCAUUUCUAUAAAGUUAGUGUUUAGGGGUUUUCUUUCUUUGAGUUUUGAUGUGAAGGGUUAAACCCCUUUAAAAUAGUUUAAACAAACAAUUGUUUCCACUGUCCAUAAUGCUGUGAUUUCAUUUCUUUUGAUCAUUAUGCCAUGGAGAUAGGAGGUUAUUAGGCAAUGCGCAAAACUGUACAAAAGCUGAAUGUAUAUUAUUAAUUGGUAAUACAGAGUUUCCAGCAUUUUGAUACUGCAAGAUGUAAUAAAUUAAUAACUGUCAUGCAUAUUGUAUAUUUUAAAAUAGCUCCAUAAUCUGUUAAGCAAGAUUUUAAAACAUGAAUGGCUUUCUCUUUUUAUACUGUUUUUGUGUAGUUUCAAACCUUGUAAUUUACCUUUUGCUUUUUUUGCAAUGUUUUGCUUUCACAUCCCUGACGUCUGUACAUAGUUCUGUGAUUAUUGCAAACUAUAUUACAGUUCUGUAUUGACAGGUACAUGAAUAAAUAAACAAAAAGUAAAGGGUAUCUUGUUUUACUUUACUGUGCCUGCAUUCCUCAGAAUUAUCGAAAAAUAUUUCACAGGUGCAAAAUGGGCAAAAGUGAUUGUGGCAGGGGAGAAGAAAAGACCUGCACAUAAUUAGAGGGGGCAUGGCAAAGCCCUGCUUGUAAAUAAAUGUGUUGUGUUUAUUGUAUUAUUUUUUAAAGAAAAGGUAUUGUUUAAUGUAUUGUUUGUGUUUAUUUAGAACCGGUGAAUAUGUGUUAUUUGGCAGCAUGGAUGGGUUAAAGCUUCUUCCUGGUAAACUCGUGUGGAAUGUGACCAUUUCCAAAUUUAAUAAUUUAGUGUUAAUUCGGAGAUGGUCACAUAUAUAAAAGCCUGCAGCUUUUCUGUGUUCAGGGUGGGUGUUUGGAAGGAGGAAUAUGAGUGAGCGAGCUGAAAGAAAAAUAAAAAACGAAACAGAAAGUAAAAGCAAUUACUCCACAUGCUGGGCAGACCAGCACGGUAUUUGUUGUUUUGUAUUCGAGAUUUGAUUUUUUGUGCAACCUUUUAUUUUGCUGUAUGAGCAGUGUUUUGUACAACGUUUUGAUUUAUUUUUGUGUGAAUAAAAAUGGCGCACCAGCGCUUUCAGCCCCGCAA